UUUUUUCCCUCAUCCCCUUUCCAUAAUCGCUUGCCUCCACAAGCACGCAUUUGCGCCACCAUGUCUUCCCUACCUCCGGUCUACAUUGUCUCCGCCGCCCGCACUCCAGUGGGCUCUUUCCUGGGUUCUCUCUCGAGCCAGACCGCUCCGCAGCUGGGUUCCCAUGCGAUCAAAGCUGCCCUUAACAAAGCCGAUGGGAUCAAGCCUUCCGAUGUACAGGAGGUUUUCUUCGGCAACGUUCUUUCUGCGAAUGUCGGACAGAACCCCGCCAGACAAUGCGCUCUUGGCGCCGGACUCGACGAGUCAACCGUUUGCACCACUGUUAACAAGGUCUGUGCCUCGGGGUUGAAGGCGGUCAUUCUUGGUGCUCAGACCAUCAUGACUGGAAAUGCAGACAUCGUUGUUGCAGGCGGUACUGAGUCCAUGUCCAAUGCCCCGCAUUACCUUCCGAACCUCCGCAAUGGCGCCAAGUAUGGCCACCAGAGCUUGGUGGAUGGUAUUAUGAAGGAUGGCCUGACAGAUGCGGGAAAGCAGGAGCUUAUGGGUCUGCAGGCUGAGGAGUGUGCUCAGGAUCAUGACUUCACCAGGGAGCAGCAGGAUGAGUAUGCUAUCCGGACCUACGAAAAGGCCCAGGCUGCCCAGAAGGCCGGCCUCUUCGACGAAGAGAUUGCACCUGUUGAACUACCCGGCUUCAGGGGUAAGCCAGGUGUCACCGUCGCUCAAGAUGAUGAGCCCAAGAAUCUCAACCCUGAUAAGCUUCGAAGCAUCAAGCCCGCUUUCAUUCCUGGCUCUGGAACCGUGACGGCCCCCAACUCCUCUCCUCUUAACGACGGCGCCGCCGCUGUUGUCUUGGUUUCCGAGGCCAAGGUUAAAGAGCUGAACCUCAAGCCUGUUGCAAAGAUUCUCGGUUGGGGAGAUGCCGCACACCAACCCAGCAAGUUCACCACUGCUCCUGCGUUGGCGAUUCCCAAGGCGCUCAAGCAUGCAGGCGUCGCUCAAGAUUCCAUCGAUGCCUUUGAAAUCAACGAGGCCUUUAGCGUUGUUGCUCUCGCAAACAUGAAGCUUCUGAACCUACCUGAAGAAAAGGUCAACCUUCAUGGUGGUGCUGUGGCUAUUGGCCACCCCAUUGGUGCCAGUGGUGCUAGGAUCUUGACUACCCUGCUCGGAGUUCUCAAGGCGAAGAAGGGCAAGCUCGGCUGUGUCGGAAUCUGCAACGGUGGUGGUGGUGCUAGUGCCAUGAUAGUGGAAUCCCUCGUCUAAGCUAGAAAAGUAUCACCUCGUGAACUAAAGUAUGCUGUCGCGAAAUAUGAGGACGGCAAAAUGAUAUAAAUACCCUGAUCUUGCCGAUGCCUAAAGACUGCGCAUCAUGUUUUAAGUCAGGGUGAGUGGGUCUGGCAUCUGACGAAAUGCAAUAUAAUAAUUACAUGAAUCUGUUCUUUUGUCGAAAAGUCUUGUUUAUCCUGUUUAUCUUGGCACAAGCACUGCAAUUGACGUACCUAGUACAGAAUAUCCGUCACCAGCAGUGUAGUAUUUAAACCAAAGCCUUGAGUGUUCUGUCUCAAUACUACUGUUAAGAUGUUAAGGGCUGAUGGCCAUCUUGUCGUGUACUAUUCAUGGUCAUACUGCUACUAGAAUUUACUACUUGCUCACCUUCGCUUCUC